AGGUGUGUGUCUCUGACACUGUGCUGGAUCCAGCCCGUACCAUCGAGAUGCUUUGAAUCCUGGAGGAGGAUCCCCAAGUAGGGGGAGUCGGGGGAGAUGUCCAAAUCCUCAACAAGUAUGACUCGUGGAUCUCCUUCCUGAGCAGCGUGCGCUACUGGAUGGCCUUCAAUGUGGAGCGGGCCUGCCAGUCCUACUUUGGCUGUGUGCAGUGUAUCAGCGGGCCCCUGGGCAUGUAUCGCAACAGCCUCCUCCAGCAGUUCCUGGAGGACUGGUACCAUCAGAAGUUCCUAGGCAGCAAGUGUAGCUUUGGGGAUGAUCGGCACCUCACCAAUCGAGUCCUGAGCCUUGGCUACCGGACUAAGUAUACAGCUCGCUCCAAGUGCCUCACAGAGACCCCCACGAAGUACCUCCGAUGGCUGAACCAGCAGACCCGCUGGAGCAAGUCUUACUUCCGGGAGUGGCUCUACAAUUCUCUCUGGUUCCAUAAACAUCACCUCUGGAUGACCUACGAAUCGGUGGUCACGGGUUUCUUCCCUUUCUUCCUUAUUGCCACCGUCAUACAGCUUUUCUACCGUGGCCGCAUCUGGAACAUCCUCCUCUUCCUGCUGACGGUGCAGCUAGUGGGCAUUAUCAAGGCUACCUAUGCCUGCUUCCUUCGAGGCAACGCAGAGAUGAUCUUCAUGUCCCUCUACUCCCUUCUCUACAUGUCCAGCCUCCUGCCAGCGAAGAUCUUUGCCAUUGCUACCAUCAACAAAUCUGGCUGGGGCACCUCUGGCCGAAAAACCAUUGUGGUCAACUUCAUUGGCCUCAUCCCUGUGUCCAUCUGGGUGGCAGUUCUUCUGGGAGGGCUGGCCUACACAGCUUAUUGCCAGGACCUGUUCAGUGAGACGGAGCUAGCUUUCCUUGUCUCCGGGGCCAUCCUGUAUGGCUGCUACUGGGUGGCCCUCCUCAUGCUGUACCUGGCCAUCAUUGCCCGGAGAUGUGGGAAAAAGCCAGAGCAGUAUAGUUUGGCUUUUGCUGAGGUGUGACGUAGCCCCCAAGCAGAGCGGGAAAAGUGCAAUGGGUAAGGGAGGGAAAAGGGAAUGAAAGAGAAAAGAUGGGGUGGGAGGGAAGAGGGAGUGCUGUGUUUUAAUUUCUUAAUGGUCCAAAGGACAAAUCUAAAAUGCAAAGAAUGGUGACUAAAGUAUGGCCUGGGCAGCUCUACUUAGGAGGCAACAAUUUCUGAGGCUCAGACCAGAGAGGACUUGCUUGCUCUCGAGCUGCCCAUCUGCUCACAUCUGCACAUAGGCAGUGGCCUCUGGGAAAGAUUCUAUUUCUCCUGCGAUCCAGACGAAACUCAGUAGUAUGCUAACCAAGUACAAUUCAGUGUCAACUUCUCAUAGGUACGUGAGCAAUGACAGCCUGAGGUAAGAGGCUCUCCUACUGAUAAGAAUGCAACCAGAGGUGGCAAGAGAAUUUCUACGGAGAGGUCUGGGCCAGCUAGUGUCCCCCCAGCCCUCCCAGUCAUCAAUGCAAUAAGACUGCGCCUGAGAUACGAGGCUAGGCUCAGCAGAAGCCUGAUCUUUGGGCAUCAGAAAACGGUCCAGGAAUGGUGCUUUACAUGAUGUGCCCCACUCCACAUCUCAACAUUC